UCAUUUUUUUUUGUUGGGAAAAUAAUUAAAUUAUGCCUUUUUCAGCGCCAAGCAGAUAAACCGCCUCUUCGCCCCUCAGACGUCUUCUAAUGGUGUCCUCUCCACUCCGACACCAUGGCUACUCAAUACAUUCUUCUAGGUUUCCGGCGACCCCCUCCAUUUCCCUCCCACUUUCUCCGAACCAUCUCCACGAAAUUCUCUCCACAAAAACUCGGCCCAAUCUACUCUGUCUGUUCACUCAUCACUUCCCUUCAUCCCACUUCUCUUCCUAUAAACUAGUUGAUCGUUGUAGAAGACCGUUGCGCUGUAAUUUUUGCCAUCAGGAUUCCUUGGAUUUCGAAGAAGUGAAUGGCGAUUUUGAUGAGGUUGGAGAGGAAAACGGAGAGUUCUCGGAGCUUGAGUUGCUUGAACUUGACGAAGAGGCGCGCCGUGCCGCCAGAAAGUAUUCCAUGUCCUUGUCUAAGGAACUCGGCCUAGAGGAUGAAACCUAUGAAGACAGGGGAGAGAAGUGGCAGGGGCAGAAAACUUUGAGUAUACAGAUCCCCGAGAAUCUUCUCCCAAAGGUAGCAAUAGUUGGAAGACCAAACGUGGGUAAAUCAGCAUUGUUCAAUCGCCUUGUUGGGGGGAAUAUGGCUAUUGUUGUUGACGAACCUGGUGUUACUAGAGAUCGUCUGUAUGGCAGGUCUUUUUGGGGGGACCGGGAAUUUUCAGUAAUAGAUACAGGCGGUGUCAUGACUUUUUCAAGAUCACAUGAUGAUGUCAUGGAGGAACUUGCCAUUACUACAACUAUUGGUAUGGAAGGGAUUUCUCUUGCUCUUAGGGAAGCAGCUGUUGCAAGAAUGCCCUCUAUGAUCGAGAAACAAGCUGCUGCUGCUGUGGAAGAAGCAUCUGUUAUUAUAUUUCUUGUAGAUGGACAG